CGCCGCGAGCUUCUACACGCGUCCCCAGCCCGCCUGAAGCUGCUAGGCUGAGGCUGCUGUCCCGGCGGGAUCUGAGGAGCGGAGCGGCGCCUCUGCUGCGUCUGCCCUCGUUUUCUCUCACGACUCACACUUGGUGCUCCAUCCCCCAAGAGUCCGCGUUCCCCGCACGGCGGUCGAGAGGCGGCUGCCCGCGGUCCCGCGCGGGCCGGGGCGAUGGCGGCGCGGGGGUCUGGACCCCGCGCGCUCCGCCUGCUGCUCUUGGUCCAGCUGGUCGCAGGGUGCUGCGGUCUGGCGGGCGCGGCGGGCGGCGCGCAGGGAGGAUUAUCUGAACCUUCUUCUAUUGCAAAACAUGAAGAUAGUUUGCUUAAGGAUUUAUUUCAAGACUACGAAAGAUGGGUUCGUCCUGUGGAACACCUGAAUGACAAAAUAAAAAUAAAGUUUGGACUUGCAAUAUCUCAAUUGGUGGAUGUGGAUGAGAAAAAUCAGUUAAUGACAACAAACGUCUGGUUGAAACAGGAAUGGAUAGAUGUAAAAUUAAGAUGGAACCCUGAUGACUAUGGUGGAAUAAAAGUGAUACGUGUUCCUUCAGGCUCUGUCUGGACACCAGAUAUCGUUUUGUUUGAUAAUGCAGAUGGACGUUUUGAAGGGACCAGUACGAAAACAGUCGUCAGGUACAAUGGCACUGUCACCUGGACUCCACCUGCAAACUACAAAAGUUCCUGUACCAUAGAUGUCACGUUUUUCCCAUUUGACCUGCAGAACUGUUCCAUGAAAUUUGGUUCUUGGACUUACGAUGGAUCACAGGUUGAUAUAAUUCUAGAGGACCAAGAUGUAGACAAGAGAGAUUUUUUUGAUAAUGGAGAAUGGGAAAUUGUGAGUGCAAUGGGGAGCAAAGGAAACAGAACCGACAGCUGUUGCUGGUAUCCAUAUAUCACUUACUCAUUUGUAAUCAAGCGCCUGCCUCUCUUUUAUACCUUGUUCCUUAUAAUACCCUGUAUUGGGCUAUCAUUUUUAACUGUACUUGUUUUCUAUCUUCCUUCAAAUGAAGGUGAAAAGAUUUGUCUUUGCACUUCAGUACUUGUGUCUUUGACUGUCUUCCUUCUGGUUAUUGAAGAGAUCAUACCCUCAUCUUCAAAAGUCAUACCUCUGAUUGGAGAGUAUCUGGUAUUUACCAUGAUUUUUGUGACACUGUCAAUUAUGGUAACCGUCUUCGCUAUCAACAUUCAUCAUCGUUCUUCCUCAACACAUAAUGCCAUGCCGCCUUGGGUCCGCAAGAUAUUUCUUCACAAGCUUCCCAAACUGCUUUGCAUGAGAAGUCAUGUCGAUAGGUACUUCACUCAGAAAGAGGAAACUGAGAGUGGUAGUGGACCAGAAUCUUCUAGAAACACAUUGGAAACUGCGCUCGAUUCUAUUCGCUACAUUACAAGACACAUCAUGAAGGAAAAUGAUGUCCAUGAGGUUGUUGAAGAUUGGAAAUUCAUAGCCCAGGUUCUUGAUCGGAUGUUUCUGUGGACUUUUCUUUUCGUUUCAAUUGUUGGAUCUCUUGGGCUUUUUGUUCCUGUUAUUUAUAAAUGGGCAAAUAUAUUAAUACCAGUUCAUACUGGAAAUGCAAAUAAGUGAAUCCUCCCAAGGGACUGAAGUAUACCUUUAGUUAACACACAUAUAUCUUAUGGCACUUAAAAAAUUAUGAAAAUGUAAGUUAUGUGUUAAAUUUGGUGCAAGCUUUAACAGACUAACAGUUGCUAACCUCAAUUUAUGUUAACAGAUGAUCCAUUUGAACAGUUGGCUGUAUGACUGAAGUAGUAACUGAUGAGAUAACAUUUGAUCUUCUAAAAAUAGCAGCAAAAUAUUAUCUGAACUGUACUAGUGAAAAUUCUAGUAUUUAUAUCCUGGCAAAUAAUACUAAUUUAUAAUCCACAGUAAAGUUCAUCCUUUGUGCUAGAGAAUUCCAGUUGUAUUUGAAGACUGAUUUUAAAACUUUUCUGCAUUUGGUAAAGGUAUGUAAACUUUCCUAUACUCACUGAGUAACAGCUAAUCUUUAAUAUAUUAUACUGCUAUAUUUAAAAAGCUGACUAGUUGAUAUAGUUACUUAAUGUGAUGCUUGAUAUAAUAAUUACUUAAUGUGGCCGGGCACGGUGGCUCACACCUGUAAUCCCAGCACUUUGGGAGGCCAAGGCAGGCGGAUCACCUGAGGUCGGGAGUUCAAGACCAGCCUGACCAACAUGGAGAAACCCCGUCUCUAUUAAAAAUACAAAAUUAGCCGGGGUAGUGGUGCACACCUGUAAUCCCAGCUAUUUGAGAGGCCGAGGCAGGGGGAAUCGCUUGAACCCAGGUGGUGGAGGUUGCGGUGAGCUGAGAUCACGCCAUUGCACUCCAGCCUGGGCAACAAGAGCGAAACACUGUCUCAAAUAACAACAACAACAACAACAACAACAACAACAACAACUUAAUGUGAUGUUGCUUUUUCAUAACCAACGUUUUUAAAAUAAAUGAAAAACAGGAA